ACAUAAAUCUUCACGUGUUUCUGUUAUUGGUUUUGCUCCGAUUUCGCUUUAAUGAAUAAUUCUAAUAUAUAUACAUUAAAAAUAACAAAAUGACUCUAACAGAAGAUGAUACCAUUGAUAUAUUUGUUGGUACCAAUAUAGGGUCUUUUAAACACAUAAAAUACCAUAUAGACUCUGCAAACAAUAAUAAGAAAUGCAUAGAAAAUCUAGUAGACACAAAGACAUUGCAGAAAAAUGAUGGCAUCACUUGCAUGGUGUGGGGUAAUCCAGGACAAACGGAAAUAUUGUUGGCAAAAAAAAAUCAGCAGAUUCAAGUAUAUGACACUUUACAAGGUUUUACCAAAUCAUACACAGCUGAUUUUGGAACAGGUCAUGUGGUGGGAUUGGGUCGGUUUAAGAGGAAACUAGUGGCUGCAUUAUCAAGUGGUGUUGUUAAAAUAUGGAGCAAAAAACAAGAGGACCUCAUGCAAGUUGGAAAACUUGACUGUAUGAAGUUCUGUGGUGAAGACUCCACACUGUUUGCCACAGGAGGUGAAGAGAACGACCUGCAUGUUUGGCGAGUUGGUGUUAAUGAACCGGAGUUUGUUGCUAAGAAUUUGCCCCAAGACUGGUUACAGCUGCGUCGUCCUGUGUGGGUGAGCGGACUCACUUUCAUGCCAGGCAGUGAAGGUAGACUACUUGCUGCGUGCUCGAGACAUGGAUAUGUUAGGUUAUAUGACAGUCGUGCACAACGCAGGCCUGUAGUUAACGUCGACUUUACCAUGGCAGCUACGUGUAUCACACCAAGCUUCGAUGAAAGACAGGUCCUGGUUGGAUUCGGUAGAGGUCAACUCCACCAGGUGGAUCUCCGUAACUCGCGUCCAGACAAAGGUUUCAAGGGAUGCGCAGGCGCAGUGACCGAUAUAGAAGCCGUAAAACACAGCAAACUCGUCGUGAGCACCAGUCUCGACAGACAUGUGCGCGUUCACAACUACGAAACCAAGGAGCUGGUGUAUAAACAAUAUUUAGUAUCAAAACUCUCCUGCGUGCUAGUACAAACAGAAACAUCGACACCUCUCCAAAAAGAAGCAAAAAUUAAAGAAGAAACUGAAGCAGAAGCAAAAGAACAAAUACCGGAUGAUAUGGAUCAGUUGUUCGACGAUAUGGAAACUAUUGGGGAGAAAUCAAGAAAGAAAAAGUUGCCAGCAGAACAUAUUGAAGCUAAGAGACAAAAACCAUCAACAGAUGGCAGCACCGAGCCCGAACAGGAAGACGCCAUCUUUAAUUUGCUACGAAGCACAGAGAAGCAGAAAAAGAAGCGGGAGAAAAAGAAGAAAGAAAAGAAGGCGAAGAGCGUAUUCCAUAACGCUUAGAAUUAAACCGUAUAAUAAGGC